AUGGCACAUCCUAAGAGAAGACAGUCGACGACUAGAAGAGAUAAACGUCGUACUCACUAUAAAGCCAGCAUUCCUCAGUUGGCCAAAUGCAGUACCACAGGAGAAUAUCAUUCGGAUGUGGCAGAGGUAAAGCUCAAAUUGAAAGAUAUUGAAAUCAGUGUGAAAACCCCCAGCGCUUUUCCAGCACCAGUGGUGGGGUCAGGCGCUUCUUUUGUAUCGGCUGCACCUUCUACAAGUACGCCUGAAAAAGUUUCCACAUCGUCCAUGUCCAAUGAUUCGUCGGCCAUUGCGUCUAACUUGAUUACCAUAAAAUCUCCCAUGAUUGGUACGUUUUAUCGUCGUCCAACUCCAGAAAAACCGAAUUUUGUGGAAGUGGGAACCGAGGUGUCCACAGGAUCG